CGAUGACUUGGGAUAAUGGGUAUAAAUCAGUGCUCAUGAAGCUCUCUAAGUUGAUUGUUUCUUGACCUUCAUACAACAUCAUUCACACUUUUCAAAGCUUUUUUUGAAUCUCAUUCUCAAUCACCAUGACCAACAGUCUCGAGCCCACUCGCCCUGCUUCUGACCUGAGCAAAUGGGUAGAAGCUCUUUACGACCGAAUCUUUUGUCAGCCAGAUGAUGAAGUCUCGGCAAAUGCCAUCAAAGAGUCAAUUUCAGAAGAUUUCACAGCGAGAAUCAACCAUGAUCAAUACUCGCGACAAACAUUCCUGGAUAUCAUCAUGAACUUUCGUGUUGAUAACAAGACGACUAUCCACGAAACCAAGGAAAUCCAAUUUUGGGAAGCGCCCGACGGCUCAGGUGCUGGCUGUGUCUCCCAGUUGGUUCACGUUACGGACUCGAACAAGGAGACUGGCGUUGGUACCAAGGCUUCUACACUGCUGAUUGCUAGCAUCAAGGUUAUUAAUGGGCGAAAGGUUCUGGUUGAUCUGACCGAGGUGUUGAAGACAUCUGCUUAG